AUGUCGCCAGCCAAGGACCUCCUCGUCCACUUGGGCUGGGAAACUGUCUUCGAGGACGUCGUCCUCUACCUCUGCUUUACCUCCCAGUUCUCAGCCUUUGUCAUCGUCCUCACCGGCAUUGGGCCCUCCGCGAGACCGCUCGAACGGACCAUCGGCCUCGCGACAAUCCUCACCUCGUUUGCGGCGCUGGCCCUCCUGGUCGAGACGGGUGUGUACUUAUCCGCCGACACCGAUACCCUCAUCGCCAUCUUGCUGUUCCUCCUCGCCAUCCUUGCGCUCAUCCUCGUGGCCCUGAACGGCAUGUACAGUGUUGUUAAUCGCAGUUCCGGUGACAUCAACCUUGUGUAG